AUGCACCUGCACCAGACCAUUCAUAUCCAAUACCAGAAAAGUAUAAAGCUGGGUUCCCAAGUUAAUUAUCAGGAACGAUCCCGCCCCCCGAUGACGUCGUUGUACUGCCUACCCUACCUCCAUAUGAAAUUAUCAUACAUAUUUUCCUAUUUAAGUUCUGGAGGUUUAAACACGUUUGAUGAAGAACCAUCUAAAGGACCUUUUGGGUUUGGUCCUUCUCUUAAACUUAACCAGGACAAAUGUGUUGUCGAUGGAACCUUUGCUAAGAACAGCGAUCUCUGCAUCAGAAAUCCUAAGAACUGUCUGCAAGGAAUCUCCUUCUCUAUCUGGGAGAAGACUGUAUAUGACCGAGACAUCAUUGACAAACCACCUGAUGACAGCGCCUUCACCAAGAAGUACAUCGUUGGCACAGGAGCUGAUUAUGAUGCUACGACAGGAGAAACAAUACCUGGAUUUGCUCUUUAUCACAUUGGGAUGGAUGUGGUGGCUGUUGUGAGCACUGGAGAUGAUGUUUGGGAGCUGAAGGUUCGAGGCCCUGUGGUUAAUGAAACCUGGACAAACUAUGGAAUAAUAUGGACUGCUCCAGAUCUAGAUACAACCAAGGUUGUUGAUCCAAUAGAAAGAGGAGGAUUGAUACUAUACUUUAACCUUGAACAGGUUGGACAGUCUAUAUUACCCCUGGCUAGACCAGCUGCUGGCUGGACGGAACUACCAGAGUUAAGUUUACCAGCCAUGGAUCCUGCCGGGAACCCAAUACCUGGGGGUAUUGAGGGUCCACCAGUCAUGAUAUUUGGAUGUCAGUAUAACAAAUUAGAUUCAUCCCAGCCCGAAGGAUUUGCAUUUCACCAAGAUGCAAUUUUCGAUGAAAUGGCAAUUUGGACAAGAAAGUUAGAGAAAACAAAGUCCAUUGAUGAAACAUUAUAUUUCAUGGGAGGUUAUGUUGAAGAUCUAGAGACAAUGACACCGGAAAAGUUUGCAGAAAUGUUAAAAGCUGUGGAUAUGACUGAUCCAGAUCAAGCUGCUGCAGCAGGUUCUCUGACGGGAAAACUUCUUGACAAUACUCCAGAAAGUCCUGCCACUGCAGUAUUAGCUGCAGCAGGAGCAGGAGCAGGUACACCUGCAACACAAGCACCUGCGCCUGGAGGUAGUGGUCAGGCAGCAGCAAUAAGCGUCAUAGGUGUUCAAACCCUACCUUGGAAGGAAAGGAAGAAGAGAAAGCAGCUGGCCUUGGUUGCAACGUAUCAAGAACUUCUGAAAACAGAUGGAGUUUCUGAUGGAGCAUUGCCAAAACAUCUUGACAAACGCUUCUGGAAUAUCAAAACUGCUGCAAAAAUGAUGUCUUGUGAGCCUGAGAAUAUUGAAAGAUGGAAAAUAGUCCAAGAAGAUGAUGAUUUACCUGGAUCUUCAGAUUAUGUUCAGCAACUGGAAAACUAUGCAUUGGCAUUUAUGUCAUCUGCCAAUAUAUCGUUCUAUGAUGAUACAGAAUACUAUAAUUCAACCACAAGAGAAUAUGUUGUUCAUAUUCCAACCAAUGAGCUCUACAUGAGUAUUCAAAAAAUGCCAAUGAGUCGAUUACGAAUGAAAGGAUCAAUGUAUAAUGUUGGCGCGUAUACCUCUCCCCCAGGGAAAUGGACAGCUGCAGUUCAAAACUGGGAAAAUCCCAAGGAGAUUAUUUCAAUGCCAACAGAUAUGUAUGCCAGUGAACCCAAUUGUUUAAAUAAUCCAAUUACAUUCUUGUACUCUGUCUAUCCUUGCUACGGCAUGUUUGCACCGCUAAGAAGAAGUCCAGUAUCAAUUACUGCAGAGAGAUUCAUCAUUGACAGUAAAGUCAUUUCGGUCAAGAUAAUCACUAACAAUGAUACCUUUAAUCCAACAAUAGCAGACUCACAAUUAUGCCAGGAGAUACCAGUAGACCUGAAAUAUACUCCUAUAAUGAUCAAAUUCUACCAUACAUCAAGAGAGACUGCAAGAAGAAAAGUUCUUUUCCAUGAGGAUGAAAUCAAAACCUCCAUAGAUACAAGACGCUGCGUGAUGUGGAAUCCUGACAUUGGCGUAUUUGGCGCAUGGGAUGCUGAUGGCUGCACAACUGUUAUGUCCCAACAAGACUCAACAACAUGUGAGUGCUCCAAGUUUGGGACAUUUGCAUUAGCUGCUGAGAAAAUUGUGAAACCAGAGGGAAAGCAUGACUAUACAUGGCUGCUGGUGUCAAGAUACAUCGGGUUUGGAGUUUCGAUUCUCAGUCUGUUAAUAUUUGUGAUCAUCAUUUGUGCAAACAAACAUCUCUGGGAAAUGUUCCAUUUACUGAGAUUAAACACUGGAAUAUGUUAUCUGUUUGCUCUCUUCUUCCAUUUCUUAUCCGAGCUGGACCUGAUUCGAGAGGAUCGUCAUAUCAACGCUGCAUUCUCAUCUUUAAUCCUUUUCUUCUACAUUACUGGAAGCUAUUUCCAGCUAAUGGAAGCUUUUGCAGAAUUCAGAGCAAUCACAGCUGGAAUUGUCGGAGGGAAAACUGCAGCGUAUCUUCCUAUUGGUUGGGGAGCUGGAUUCCUAUGCCUGGGUUUCACCUGGUAUAUGUAUGGUCAUGAUAUUGGAACAGAUCCUAAUGUUUUCAUUGGCUGGGAGAACGAGACAAAGAUGCCUUUCCUGAUCAUGAAUUAUGCUGCACUUGGGACUGCUCUGCUAUUGAGUGCAGUGGUGAUAUUGAAUGCAAGUUCUCCACAAACCAGAAAGGAAGAUGUGGUUGAGGAUUUGCAGGCGCAGGGUCAAGGACUCCUCAUCACAAACUUCCUGUUUGUUAUGGUUUGGCUCUUUGCUUUCCCAGCAUACGUCAAGUUUCCUGGAACAGAAAUGACAGAUUUCUAUCCUGUUUUCUCCAUCUUUAAUUCAUGGAUGGGUCUCAUCAUUCUUGUUUUCCUGGGUCUCAGUAGUAAGAGAUUCCGUUAUGUUCUCUCAACUUGCUGCUCAAGGAAGAAUAAUCCCAGCAAAGCUUAUAUUCAAACCUCUGGUAACUCUGAAGAUACAUGUCCAAUAGUUCCACUUGAGGAAGAUUCUCCAACAGAAUCCAGACCGGGUUCAGGUAUUUCAACUGGAGAAUGCGAACUUCCAGGAACUGUGGACACUGAGGAACAAGAUAAACUAGAUGAAAUAAAUGAAGAAGAAGAAGAAGAAGAAAAAGAGGAGGAUGAAGAAGAAGAAGAUCAAAAUGGAGAAGAGGAGGAGGAAGAACAGGAAGGAGAGGAAAAGGAAGAAGAAGAAGAA